AUGAAGGGGAAGACGGCAAAGGAGGCUCUUAGGGUACUGGUAGGCGCGAUCAGAGGGUUGAGAGAGGAAGUAAGAGGGGCUAUGGAGCAGAUGGAAAGUAUGUGGGAGGACCUGAGGAUAAGGGAUGAGAGAUGGGAAAAGGAAGUAAAAGAGUUGAGGGGGAAAGCAGCCAGAUUGCAGAGGGAGUUGACAUUGUUAAGGAAGAAAAAAGAGGAUGAAAUAAUAGAGAUGGAAGAAGAUUUUAGGGUGUGGAAGGAAAGGGUGGAAAAAAAGGUGGAAAAAAAGGAGGACAGGUCGGGAAUGAAAGUUGUUGACAGGAGAGAGGGCAAGAAUAAAGGUAUUUGGGAGAAGGUAAAGAUUAAGAUAGAAGAGAAAGUGGCAGAGCGUACGAAUGAAAAGGAGGAGAGAGCGGAUAGGGAAAUGAUAAGGACGAUGGAGUAG